UAAAAACCAACAAGCCGCCACUGACUGCAACCCGGCAUUAUACAUUAUUAAAUGUUAUAAAGUUUUUGAGUGAAAUAAAAUAAUUUAAUCGUAAGAAUGGUGGCUUAUAGAAUAUGUCAAGGCAAUAUUCGUCUUGAAACUACAAAAUUCCCGAUUAUGUCGAGGAAACGAAUAAGAACAGUUAACAACACAUGUAUUAUCAACGUAAGGUCGAUAAAAUAUAGUUUCGGUAAACUACGGUAAAUUGUUCAUUUCAUUACACUUAGGUAUAUUGUUAUCUCCAACAAUAUAUUAUUUAAGAUAUUAUUAUAUUGUGCAGUGCCGCAACCGCAACCUCAACCCUUGCCACGCUCGGCGAUCCACACACGCCGAAAUAUGUAGACGUUGUCGGUUGCGCGCGCCGAUGUCAUCGUCGCAUCGAGUGUGACGGGCGUGGGUGGCGGAGGCGUAUGAUGCCUAUUGUGUUUUACUCAGAGAGUCGUACAAUCGGACGGCGAUUACAAAACCGACUUCGCCGCGCGAUGGUCGCCUGGCAACCACCCACCAUCUGCAGUUAUGCCCACUACACCACCAACAGACGAUGCUGCAGCUCACUAAUCGCCGACAAACGGUGCACCCUUGACGGCAUGACCAAAAACAUAUUUUUUGCAGUCCUGGGUGCACCCGUUUGGGAGGACGUACGCGUUUCGUCUGCCAUCAUGAUCCGAGUCGCCUUUACUCAUCUCUGCCGCCACACUCCAUCAGUUAUCUGGCUUUUCCGAUCAUCUUAUAGGUACUUGCAUUCUUGUCACAUGGACCCGUCCAAGGUAUUUUCCGGCUUACCACUAAUUAUACACUCAAAAGAGCGGAAUAAAGAAUUUAAAGUUUUUACCACAGAUUGAUACAGAAAAAUUGAAAGCAAUUUUUUAUGGCAGACUUAAAUCGAUUAAACAACCACUGAACAAUUCAUAUUCAACAACCAAUAAUUUAUGUGUUGAACAAAAACUUACAAUUUAUAAUAAUGAUAACAUUUCAGAUUGAUGUGUGCUCUGCAAACUAUUUUACUAAAUGUUCUAAAAAUUAAUAAAAAUGUACUAUAAAUGUCAAAUGAGUUAUAUAAUGAUAAAAAUGUAUUUAUUUGUGUGAAUUUACAUAAUAAUUUUGAAUUUUGUUUUUCAUAUUAUUUCAAGCAUAACCUAUCAAAAGGAUUUUAAUGAAUUCUUGUCAUCCCUCCAAACUACCUCAUAACAAUAUAUUUGUAAAAUAAGUUAGAUGAUAAUUGGAUAAAUGGAAACGUAUGUAAUACAUACUAUAAUUAUUACUAUUAUUAUAAACAUAUACUUUUAUAAUUAA